AUGGAGGCGUGGACGGGCGACAGGCGACGGCGGCGACGGCGACGGUGGAUGCACGGCUAUGUGAACCUUGGGGUGGUGCUGGCUGCAAGUGGGUCCUUGCGCCUUCCUCGUCCUUGCGCCUUCCUCGUCAACCCCGGUGAGAGCACGGACCCCACGCGCCCGAUGGAUCUUUUAUUACAUUCGCUGCGACGGCGGGCGUGCAAAGUAGCGCCUGAAGCAGAUGCGCGUCUGGAACUCUGGGAGCGACAGCCUAGUGAGCACGCCGGUGCUGGUGCUGGUGCCGGUGCUGGUGCUGGUGCCGGUGCUGGUGCUGGUGCCGGUGCUGGUGCUGGUGCCGGUGCUGGUGCUGGUGCCGGUGCUGGUGCUGGUGCUGGCCUGCUGAAUUGCCGAGCGAUCGGGCUGUUGCCCGCUAGCCCCCAUCAAUCCGUGCAAAAGGCAUGA